UCGGGGAGUCGAAAAGCAGAGCCCAGCGAAGCUGGGGAAGUGACAAGGAGAACGCAGCACCCCGAGUUCAUCCCAGCGCCUUCGCCGCCAAGGGGGUGCGGAGGAGGCAGCGUAUGAAGGUGAACCGGAUCCGGAGCAAAGAUGCCACCUCCCAGGGCUUUCGGGCUUCUGCUGCUCCUCCCCUGGGUGGCAGGUGGAUUAGGGAAUGCGGCCAGUUCAAGGUAUAACGGACUGUCCUCAUUGGCAACAGUACUACAGCCUGGUGUCUGUCUCUAUGGAACCAAACUGGCAUGCUGCUACGGAUGGAGAAGGGGCAGCCGAGGAGUUUGUGAAGCCACAUGUGAACCUAAGUGCAAAUUUGGGGAGUGUGUGGGACCCAACAAAUGUCGCUGCUUUCCAGGGUACACCGGAAGGACCUGCAGUCAAGAUGUGAAUGAGUGUGGAGCCAAACCUCGGCCAUGCCAACACAGAUGUGUGAAUACCCAUGGUAGCUACAAGUGCUUUUGCCUCAGCGGCCACAUGCUCAUGCCAGAUGCCACGUGUGCAAACUCAAGAACUUGUGCCAUGACAAACUGCCAGUAUGACUGUGAAGACACAGAUGAAGGACCUCGUUGUCUUUGUCCAUCCCCCGGACUUCAUUUGGCCCCCAAUGGAAGAGCUUGUACAGAUAUCGACGAGUGUGCCUCUGGUAAAGCUGUCUGCCCUUACAAUAGAAGAUGUAUGAACACAUUUGGAAGCUACUACUGCAAAUGCUAUAUUGGUUUUGAACUGAAGUAUAUCAGUGGCCGGUAUGAUUGUAUAGAUAUAAACGAAUGUGCGGCGAAUACACAUACAUGCAGUCACCACGCCAAUUGCCUCAAUACCCAGGGAUCCUUCAAAUGCAGAUGCAAGCAGGGAUAUAAAGGCAGUGGAUUUCGAUGUUCUGUUAUCCCUGAAAAUUCUGUGAAAGAAAUCUUCCGAGCACCUGGUACCAUCAAAAAUGGCAUCAAGAAGUUGCUUGCUCACAAAAAUAGCAUAAAAAAGAAGGUAAAAAUUAAAAAUGACAUCACAGAACCCUCUGGAACUCUCGCCCCAAAAGUGAAUUUGCAGCCCUUCAACUCCGAAAAAAAUGUUUCCCGGGAUGGAAAAACUAAUAAAGGAGGAAGAAAAGGGAAUGGAGAAAGAAAGAAAUUGAGGCUGGAGGAAGAAAAUAGAGAGAAAGAGAAGAGAAGAGAGAAAACAUUAAAGAACCACGUGGAAAAGGAGCAGAUCUUGCGAGGAGACGUAUUUUCCCCUAAGGUGAAGGAAUCAGAUGAGUUUGGUCUGACUCUGAUGCAAAGAAAAUUAACAACCAAAUUAGAACGUAAAGAUUUCAAUAUCUCCAUGGACUGUAGUUUUGACCAUGGAGUCUGUGACUGGAAACAAGAUAAGAAAGAUGAUUUUGACUGGAAUCCUGCUGAUCGAGACAAUGGACCCAGGAAGUUUUCCUACAUGUGGUGGGGAGUCAUGGAAUUUGGGGAGUUGGUGGUGAUAAACUGUGACCUUUUGCAAAGGACCCGCGGCUUCCAUGUUGACUUCAAUGGGCUGGACGUUGAACUAUUUUUCAAAGAUCUCAAUGUUGAAAUGUACAGAACCUUAAAGAACUUCCCAGAAGCUGCUUUUACAUCAUCCAAUGGAAUCAUCACAGAAACCAACAGAUAG